AUGCCCGGUAUUGUCCACAGAGGGCGAAAGCGGACAUCUCUAGCAGUCAGCGACGAUGACGAGAGCGAGCAGUCAGAUCACUCGUCUGCAUCCUCGGCCAGUAAACGCGCCCGCCAUGAUGGGGACGCGUCCGCGACCCCCGCGCACACGCAAAACGGCGGCACCAACAACUCAAUCGCACACGGCCAAGACGCCUUCCAGCCCGGGUCGCUUGUGAGAGUGAAGCUCACCAAUUUUGUCACAUACACGGCUGCCGAGUUCCACCUAGGACCCAGCCUGAACAUGGUCAUCGGCCCGAACGGAACAGGCAAGAGCACGCUUGUCUGCGCAAUCUGUCUGGGGCUCGGAUGGGGCAGCGAGCAUCUGGGGAGGGCCAAGCAAGUGGGAGAGUAUGUGAAGCAUGGUGCUGCAAUGGCUACCAUCGAAAUCGAGCUCGCCGCGGGUCCGGGCAAGGACCAGAACCAUAUCAUCACACGUACCAUUCGCAAGGAAGACAACCAAUCACGUUGGUUUCUCAACGGCGCGCGCUCCACCCAAAAGGAAGUCAUCGAGCUGGCGAAAACAUACUCGAUUCAGAUCGACAACUUGUGCCAGUUCUUGCCCCAAGAUCGUGUAGUAGAAUUUGCAAGAAUGACCGAUGUCGAACGCUUGCGAGAAACACAACGUGCUGCAGCGCCACCGUACAUGGUAGAGUGGCACGACAAACUCAAAGCCCUGCGGAAAGACGAACGGAACUUGGAGACGAAGCGGCAGAAUGAGGAGAAACAUCUUGAGGCACUGAUGAGGGUGCAAACUGCAGCACAGGGUGAUGUGGACCGCAUCAGGGAGCGCCAAGAAAUCCAAACAAAGCUCAACUGCUUGCGCAAAGCUCAACCUGUCAUCGAGCUCAGGUUGUGCAGGAAAGAGAUCGAGCAGCUCAAGGAAAACCUCCGAGUGGCCAGGCUAGAGCUUGAUGAGAUCAAGGUCGACGUCGAGCCAGCACGUCAAGCCCAGGCAGAGAUGCAAUCAUACCAGAGCGAUAUUGAAAGAGUGGUGAGGCUUCGCAAGAACCGAGUCGACGAGAUCAAAAGGAAAGCCGACAAUCUCAUGGCAGCCAUUGAAGCAGACAAGGAGAAGGCUAUUGACUUUGAAAGCAACAUCACAGCUGAGGUAAACGCAAUGAAGAAUCGCAAAAAGGAAAUUGCCCGUAUAACUGCCGAAAUCAACAAGCUAGAAAGGGAGCGCCAUAAAGAUGCCCCCCAAUAUAACGCCGAUUCCUACGAGCGACGCAAGGCGGAUAUCCGGGCUCAUAUAUCGGCCAGAAACAACGAAAUCACGGACAAGGACGCAGCAAGAAAAUCAUUAGUGUCUCGCAAUACAGGUCUCAACGAGGUGCAAAACAGCAUCACGAAACGGCAAACAGAGCUGAGCACUCAGAGCGGAAAACAAACCAAUCUUCUAAAGAAGAUUUCUUAUGAUACAGCAACGGCCUGGGCAUGGAUUCAGGAGAACAGAGAUACCCUGGGACUCAAAGGCGAAGUGUAUGGGCCGCCGAUAUUAACAUGCUCGAUUCCAGACAAUAGAUACGCCCAGGCUGUGGAAAGCCAGUUAAGGAAAGGCGAUGUCGUUGCAAUAACUUGUACCAACAACGACGAUCAGCGGCUCCUAUCGACUUGCCUGCUGAACAAGCGAGAUAAUCGACAAAAACAGGGCCUAGGACUCCACGACAUCCAUCUUCGAACCUCCCCAAAGUCUCUCGACGCAUACAAAUCGCCAGUCGCAGAAUCAGACCUGUCCAGUUACGGAUUUGAAGGUUAUAUUCGACAAUAUAUCCAAGGGCCUGACGCUGUUCUAGCCAUGCUUUGCGACAAUAGGAACCUCCAUCAGAUAGCGUAUGCUGCGACGCCAAUCUCUGAUGAGCAACACGAUGCUGUGUCGAACAGCUUGAUCCGUACCUGGGUCAGUGGCGCGCAUACCUAUCGCGUUACCACACGUAGAGAAUACAAUCAGUCUUCAACGUCCGUCACGAAACUGGGGGUUGCGCAAUGGUUUAUUGACCUACCAGCCAAUACGGAUGAAAUGCGGCAGCUCAAUGAACAGCUCAAUGAACUCAAGAAGGAGAAGGAUGAAUUGCGUAAGCAGCAUACCGACCUCGGUCAGGAAAUCAAGACACUCAGGGAAGAAAUUGAAGCGCUCAACAGAGAGAAGGAACAAAUACAGAAGGAGCAGGAUGAGAUGAAACAAGAACUGGCCAAAUGGGCAGCUCUCCCCGAAAAGAUUGCCACAGAACAAACUCGGUUAGACAAUAACAUGGCACAAGAUGCGCAAAUUACCAAUCGCGUCCGAGCGAUAAAGGCGAAAAUCCGUGCUACAUCACUGCGCAUCGCCACUCAGACUCUCGAAUAUGCCAGAACUGUAACGCACAUGCGUAUGUUCAACGAGUCGCUCAUUGAGGCUGAAAUACGGUUCGUCGAAGCCAAGUCGGAGAUUCGUGCUUUGGAGCGUGAGAACAGCGAAAUCUUACAGAAACUGAGGACCAAAGAACACGAGAUCAAAACACUUGAAAUUCAGAAUGAACAGCUCCGUAGGGAUUUUCGCAGCCGCCGAGACCAAGCACAGCAGGACAUCAAUGGCUGGCCCGAGCAUGAAAAGGAAAUCAUACAACAGUAUAGUACCGACCUGCAGUCAAUUGCGGAAUUGGAACAGGAGAUCGACUCUGUCCAGAUCCAGCUAAACAUGAUGACCGAAGGCAAUCAUGGUGUGAUUGAGACUUACGAGAAGCGCAAAGAGGAAAUUACUAGGACCGAAGCGAAACUGCACGACUUAACUGGCGAUCUCGAAGACAUCAAGGAGAAGGUCAUCGAUAUCCGCCAGAAGUGGGAGCCUGAACUCGAUGCUCUCAUACGUAAGAUUAGCUGUGCUUUCGCACAUAACUUCAAGCAGAUCGGAUGUGCUGGUGAAGUCGAGGUAUACAAGGACCAAGAGGAGUUUGAGCUCUGGUCAGUCCAGAUCUCUGUCCGCUUCCGCGAGAAUGAACCCCUGAGUAUCCUAAACUCACACCGCCAGUCCGGUGGCGAGCGCGCCGUUUCAACAAUCUUCUACUUGAUGGCGCUACAAGACCUUGCUCAAUCCCCCUUCCGCGUCGUCGACGAGAUCAACCAGGGCAUGGACCCGCGCAAUGAACGCAUGGUGCAUGAGCGCAUGGUGGACAUUGCCUGCCAAGAGCGCACAAGUCAAUACUUUCUCGUUACACCCAAGCUCCUGACGGGCCUCAAGUUCCACCCUAAGAUGAAAGUUCAUGUCAUCAACUCUGGCGAGCAUGUCCCAGACUCGAGUACGCUACAGGGCGAUUGGAACUUGAGUGAAAUGGCCAAGGUUGCGCUGACGACCAGGAUAAGGGUUUCUUAA